GCAGGAGAGGCCACGGCGACGCUGGGGGCUUCGCCGAGGAUCCCCGCCUGCAGCACCUCGGUCGUCCCGCCGCAGCCUUGCGCCCCCGGCCCGGUUCAGCGGCGCUCCUCCGGGAACCGCGUGGCUGCGGCGGCCCGUGAGCCCGAUGAGGCUCGGCGGGCGCUGGGCCUCAGUAGCAGCGGCGACCACAGUCUCUUCAGGAGCGGGAGGCUUCGCGGCGGCGCCUGGGGCCGCGCCGGUGCCCUCCGGAGGAGGCUGUCGGCUCAGGGACGACCCCCCCGGCCAUGCUGUGGCGGCGGCGGCCGCUGCUCAAGGAUCAAACAGAGCAUACUGAAUCAGCAGGACUGGCUGGUGGUGCGGCAAGCAUCAUGAGUAAGCACAGGGAAGUCUGUUCCUCAUCACGUGUGUAAGGGGAAAAAGGUUUAAACAAGUCUCUUGAGUGGUGUUUCUUCACCGAUGGAGAAUUACUUCCAAGCAGAAGCUUACAACCUGGACAAGGUAUUAGAUGAAUUUGAACAAAACGAAGAUGAAACAGUUUCUCCUAUUUUAUUGGAUACCAAGUGGAAUAAGAUUCUAGAUCCCCCGUCUCACCGACUGUCAUUUAACCCCGCAUUGGCCAGUGUGAAUGAACCUGCAGUUUCUGAGUCACAGCCACAACUAAAAGUCUUCUCUCUGGCUCAUUCAGCUUCUCUGACCACAGAGGGAGAGGACCAUUGUGCUAAUGGACAGGACUAUAGUCUGAAUCCAGAGAUCAACACAAUGUGGAUUGAUGAAAAUGCUGUUGCAGAAGAUCAGUUAAUUAAGAGGAACUGUAAUCGAGAUGAUCAAUGUAGUACUGUUGAAGUGGGAGAGAAGAAAUGUGGAAACGUAGCUUGUCUGCCAGAUGAGAAGAAUGUUCUUGUGGUAGCCGUCAUGCAUAACUGUGAUAAAAGGACAUUACAGAGCGAUUUGCAGGAUUGUAAUAAUUGUAAUAGUCAGUCCCUCAUGGAAGCUUUUAGCUGUUCACUGGAUAAUGAAAACAGACAAACUGAUCAAUUUAGUUUUAGUAUAAAUGGGUCCACUGAAAAAGAUAUGAACUCAGAGAAACAAAUGGAUCUGUUGAAUAGACCAAGUGCAAUGGGGGAUUCUGUUAAACAUAUGUGUACUGCUUCAUCUGAUAAUCUAGCCAGUGUCUGUUCCCCUUCACAAUUAAAGGAUGAUGAAAAUACAGGUAGAGACCCAUCCAUGUCUGUGAUUACAAGUUUAACAAUUGAUUCAGUAAUCUCAUCCCAGGGAGCAGAUGAAGGUCCUGCUGCUAAAAAGCAAGAGAACUGUAUACCAGAUGAGGUUCUCACUGGCAAAACCAGCUGUGCUAGGACAGAUCUAGGGAGUCCAGACUCCUUUUCCCAUUCGAGUGAGGGGAUUUUGAUGAAAAAAGAGCCAGCGGAGGAGACAACAACUGAAGAACCUGUCCGAUCUGGUUUACCUUUGCUUCUCAAAACAGACAUGCCUAAUGGGUCUGGAAGGGAUGAUAACAGUGAACAGUUUUCAGAUUGUCUUGUGCCCAGUGACGUUAGAGCUGACGAAAAGGAAGGUUGUGAACAUGAAGAAAUUCUUGGCACUACAGAACUUCUUAAUAUGACAGAGCAUUUCUCUGACUCUCAGGAGAUGACUAAUUGGAAAUUGACUAAACUAAAUGAUAUGACUGACAGCCAAAUAAAUAAAGAAAAUGAGAAGUUUCUGCCAAUGAAUCAGCCUGAGGACAUUUACAAUGAUAGUGGAGGAGAGUGUGAUAGAAUGGCAGAAGCAGGUCUAGAUUUAAAAGGAACUUGCAUGAAUGAAAGUGAAGGAUGUGAUUUCUCCACUGUGGAUACACCAGCAGCAAAUUCUCUAUCUAAUUGUGAUUCCUAUGGAAUGCAGAGCCCAGUUGUUUGUUUUGUUCCAAAGACUUUACCCUCCAAAGAAGAUUCAGUAACAGAAGAAAAGGAAAUUGAAGAGAGCAAGUCAGAAUGCUACUCAAAUAUUUAUGAACAGAGAGGAAAUGAAGCCACAGAAGGGAGUGGACUACUUUUAAACAGCACUGGUGACCUAAUGAAGAAAAAUUAUUUACAUAGUUUCUGUAGCCAAGUUCCAUCAGUGCUCGGGCAGUCUUCACCCAAGAUAGUAGCAAACCUGCAAUCUAUCAGUGUUCCUUUUGGUGGUGCAAGACCCAAACAGCCUUCUAAUCUUAAACUUCAAAUUCCAAAGCCAUUGUCUGACCAUUUACAAAAUGACCUUCCUACAAAUAGUGGAAAUAAUAUUAAAAACAAAAAUGAUGUUCUUGGGAAAGCAAAAUUAGGGGAGAACUCAGCAACCAAUGUAUGCAAUGCCUCUUUGGGAAACAUCUCUAUUGCUGAUACAAAUGGGGAACAUUUAGAAAGCUACGAGUCUGGGAUAUCCAGUAGACCGUGCCUUGCAUUAGCUCCAGAAAGCCCAGAUAAUGAUCUCAGAGCUGGUCAGUUUGGAAUUUCUGCCAGAAAGCCAUUUACUACUCUGGGUGAGGUGGCUCCAGUAUGGGUACCAGAUUCUCAGGCUCCAAAUUGCAUGAAAUGUGAAGCCAGGUUCACAUUCACCAAAAGGAGGCAUCAUUGCAGAGCAUGUGGGAAGGUUUUCUGUGCUUCCUGCUGUAGCCUGAAAUGUAAACUGUUAUACAUGGAUAGAAAGGAAGCUAGAGUAUGUGUAAUCUGCCAUUCAGUGCUAAUGAAUGCUCAAGCCUGGGAGAACAUGAUGAGUGCCUCAAGCCAGAGCCCUAACCCUAACAAUCCUGCUGAAUACUGUUCUACUAUCCCUCCCUUGCAGCAAGCUCAGGCCUCAGGAGCCCUGAGCUCUCCACCUCCCACUGUGAUGGUACCUGUGGGAGUUUUAAAGCACCCUGGAGCAGAAGUGGCUCAGCCCAGAGAGCAGAGGCGAGUUUGGUUUGCUGAUGGGAUCUUGCCUAAUGGAGAAGUUGCUGAUGCAGCCAAAUUAACAGUGAAUGGAACUUCCUCUGCAGGAACCCUGGCUGUGUCACAUGACCCAGUUAAGCCAGUAACUACCAGUCCUCUACCAGCAGAGAUGGAUAUUUCUCUGUUCUCUGGGAGUAUAACUCAGGUUGGAAGUCCUGUUGGCAGUGCCAUGAACCUAAUUCCUGAAGAUGGCCUUCCUCCCAUUCUCAUCUCCACCGGUGUGAAAGGAGACUAUGCUGUGGAAGAGAAACCAUCACAGAUUUCAGUAAUGCAGCAAUUAGAGGAUGGUGGUCCUGACCCACUUGUAUUUGUUUUAAAUGCAAAUUUGUUGUCAAUGGUUAAAAUUGUAAAUUAUGUGAACAGGAAGUGCUGGUGCUUCACAACCAAGGGAAUGCAUGCAGUGGGUCAGUCUGAGAUAGUCAUUCUUCUACAGUGUCUACCGGAUGAAAAGUGUUUGCCGAAGGAUAUCUUUAAUCAUUUUGUGCAGCUUUAUCGGGAUGCUCUGGCAGGAAAUGUUGUGGGCAACUUGGGACAUUCCUUCUUCAGUCAGAGUUUCCUUGGCAGUAAAGAACAUGGUGGAUUCUUGUAUGUGACAUCUACCUACCAGUCACUGCAAGACCUAGUCCUCCCAACCCCACCUUACUUGUUUGGGAUUCUCAUCCAGAAAUGGGAAACUCCUUGGGCUAAAGUGUUUCCCAUCCGUCUAAUGUUGAGACUUGGAGCUGAAUAUCGACUUUAUCCAUGCCCACUCUUCAGUGUCAGAUUUCGGAAGCCAUUGUUUGGAGAGACGGGGCAUACCAUCAUGAAUCUUCUUGCAGACUUCAGAAAUUAUCAAUAUACAUUGCCAGUAGUUCAAGGUUUGGUGGUUGAUAUGGAAGUUCGAAAAACCACUAUCAAAAUUCCCAGCAACAGAUAUAAUGAGAUGAUGAAAGCCAUGAACAAGUCCAAUGAACAUGUUCUGGCAGGAGGCGCCUGCUUCAAUGAGAAGGCGGACUCUCACCUUGUGUGUGUACAGAAUGAUGACGGAAACUAUCAGACCCAAGCUAUCAGUAUUCACAAUCAGCCCAGAAAAGUGACUGGUGCCAGUUUCUUUGUGUUCAGUGGUGCUCUGAAAUCUUCUUCUGGAUAUCUUGCCAAGUCCAGUAUUGUGGAAGAUGGCGUUAUGGUCCAGAUCACCGCGGAGAACAUGGAUGCCUUGAGGCAGGCACUGCGAGACAUGAAGGACUUCACCAUCACCUGCGGCAAGGCGGACGCCGAGGAUCCCCAGGAGCACAUCUACAUCCAGUGGGUGGAUGAUGACAAGAACGUCAACAAGGGUGUUGUAAGUCCUAUAGAUGGGAAGUCCAUGGAGUCUAUAACAAGUGUGAAGAUAUUCCAUGGAUCAGAAUAUAAAGCAAAUGGAAAAGUCAUCAGAUGGACAGAGGUGUUUUUCCUAGAAAACGAUGACCAGCACAGUUGCCUGAGUGAUCCUGCAGAUCAUAGCCGACUGACUGAGCACGUUGCCAAGGCUUUUUGCCUUGCUCUCUGUCCCCACCUUAAGCUUCUGAAGGAAGAUGGAAUGACUAAACUGGGACUACGUGUGACACUUGACUCAGACCAGGUUGGCUAUCAAGCAGGGAGCAAUGGCCAGCCCCUUCCCUCGCAGUACAUGAACGAUCUGGACAGCGCUUUGGUGCCAGUGAUCCAUGGAGGGGCCUGCCAGCUCAGUGAGGGCCCCAUCGUCAUGGAACUCAUCUUUUAUAUUCUGGAAAACAUCGCAUAGACAGAGAGGACUUCAUUGUUUUUCCGUUCAGACCUGUUGGCAACAGCAGUCAUACCCAAAUCAUUUGCACUUUAAAACUGGAAGAUUAAGCUUUUGUUAACACUAUUAAAUG